AUGGUUAGGGUUUCAGAAGGCAAUAGAAGCCAUAGAUCGUCCUCAGGCUACUCCACGUACCUGGCUUCGGACACGAAUUUCCUCAAGGCCGCGGAAAUAAUGACUACCUACGCUUACGGUGAAUGUUCAAACAACAACGACAAGGAAAUUCAGUGCGACCUACUGACCGAAGAUGGUGGACAUGAGAUCGAUCCAACUCGACUGGAUUAUAAGGACCGUAUCCGAUGGCAUUUGAAAGAGUUCUGCUACAAGACUUCUAGUCACGGAAUUCCUAUGUUGGGACAGGCACCAAACAUGAUAUAUAGAAUCGUUUGGAUUAUCCUAUUAUCCGGGUGCGCUUUUACAUUUGUUUACGAAGCGAUUGCCGUCGUCGACAAAUACUAUCGAAUGGACAAGAUCACUGAUAUUCAACUAAAAUUUGACACCGCACCAUUCCCGUCUAUCACGCUGUGCAACCUGAAUCCGUAUCGUGACAGCAAAAUACGUGAUGAUGAAACAAACGAAUGGCACAGCACUACAUGUCGAUUUUGCGACUACCACCGUAUCUGUCAGAAGCGAUCAAAGCUGGGUCUUCAACAAGAUCCAAUAUCAUGCCUUUGUGAUAGUGCUGAAACAUUUUGCAUGAAAUAUGAUGAGGUAUGCGAACCGAGGGGUGAAUGUGGCAACAUGACGGACGAGCUGGCGAUCGUGACGAAAGCCAAGGAGAACAUCAUCUUCGCGAUGAGUGCUCUUAGUGAACAGCAAAGGAGGGCAAUGUCGCAGGCCAAGCAUAAUCUCAUCCACAAGUGCUCUUUUAAUGGAAAACCUUGUGAUAUCGACAAAGAUUUUACAAUCAUCUCUGAUCCGACAUUUGGAAAUUGCUUCACAUUCAAUCAUAAUCGUUCCGACUUCAAAAGCAGUUUGAGAGCGGGCCCAAUGCACGGCCUUCGCGUAAUGUUGUUCGUCAAUGCUUCUGAUUAUUUGCCAACAUCCGAGGCAGUUGGUGUACGGCUUACAAUCCACGACAAAGACGAGUUUCCUUUCCCGGACACGUUCGGCUACAGUGCACCUACAGGAUAUGUUUCAUCGUUUGGAAUGAGAAUGAAAAAAAUGUCUCGCCUACCAGCUCCUUACGGUGACUGUAUUGCAAACGCGGUGACGGAGAAUUACAUCUACAAAGGCUACGCUUACUCUACUGAGGGUUGCUACCGUACCUGCUUUCAACAACUCAUUAUCGAUAGAUGUGGCUGUGGUGAUCCACGAUUUCCGUCAAUCGGUGAACAUAAACUUUGUGAGGUGUUCAAUAAACGACAUAGAACAUGUCUCGAGGAAAGCAUCCAAGAACUUAGUGAUAUUCGUGGCUCGUUUAAAUGCAGGUGUCAACAACCAUGCAAUCAGACAAUCUACACAAUGUCAUAUUCAGAAGCGAUAUGGCCCAGUGAAUCACUGAAUAUCACUCUCGGAACAUGCCAGGAGGACCCAGAAAUAUGUAACGAACAGUACAAAGAAAAUGCCGCUAUGCUCGAAAUAUUCUACGAAGCAUUAAACUUUGAAACCCUUACUGAAUCUGAAGCCUACGGAGUUGUGAAAAUGCUUGCUGACUUUGGUGGCCAACUCGGGUUGUGGUCUGGCGUCUCGUUUAUGACGUGCUGCGAGUUUGUUUGUCUUGCAUGCGAGCUACUCUACAUGUUCAUACAUGAAACAGAUCAGUGCAACUGUGAAGAACAUAUCUAUAACGAAUACAAUCAAGAUAAAUAA